AUGAGCAGCAGCAAUGGGCUUCCGCCCAACUGCCCGCCUGACGGUUUCGGCCUUCCACAAUAUUUUUACAACAACUCGGGCAGCUGCGCGCAGCAGACGUCGUUUUUUGCCGGGCAGCCCGUGCUUUCGGUGGGGGUGGGUUACGCCGUGGUGCUCGGCUUUGGCGCGUUCUUCGCCGUCUUCACCUCCUGGCUCGUGUGGCUGGAUAAGCGGUAUGUGGGCACGAGGCAGAGCAGCGAGUGGUUCAAUACAGCCGGCAGGAAUGUGAAGACGGGGCUUAUAGCGAGUGUGAUUGUAUCGCAGUGGACAUGGGCCGCCACCAUCCUGCAAUCCUCCAAUGUCGCCUUCCAGAAUGGAGUGAGUGGGCCGUUCUGGUAUGCCAGCGGGGCGACGGUGCAGGUGCUGCUGUUUGGAAUCAUUGCAGUGGAGAUCAAACGCAAGGCGCCCAACGCCCACACUGUCUGCGAAAUCGUCCGCGCCAGGUGGGGCACAGCAGCGCACAUCUGCUUCCUCUUCUUCUGCUUCCUCACCAACACCAUCGUCACAGCCAUGCUGGUGCUGGGAGGAGCAGCAGUGGUCACGGCCCUCACGGGUCUCAACGUGUACCUCGCCUCCUUCCUCGCACCCAUUGGAGUCAUCUUCUACACUCUCGCUGGUGGCCUCAAGGCCACCUUCCUGGCGUCAUACAUCCACAGCGCCAUCGUGCAUGGCAUCCUCGUCACCUUCGUGCUGCUCGUCUACUGGUUCAGUGGCCACCUCGGCUCCCCUGCUGCUGUGUUUAACGGCCUCGAAUUCGCCGCCAGCCCAACAAGGGAUUGCCGCCUCACCAACCCGGGGCAGGUGUGCGGGCCGGUGGAUGGCAACUACGAGGGGUCAUAUCUGACCAUGCUGUCGCCUGGGGGGUUCAUGUUUGGCAUCGUCAACAUCGUGGGCAACUUUGGUGCCGUCUUCCUUGAUAAUGGAUAUUGGAUGAGUGCGAUAGCAUCGCGCCCCUCCUCCACGCACAGAGGCUACAUUCUUGGAGGCCUCGUCUGGUUCGCCGUGCCUUUCUCCCUCGGGACCUCCCUCGGCCUUUCCAGCCUCGCCUUGGGAUUACCGGUCACGCUAGAGGAAGCUUCCAGAGGCCUCGUUCCCCCUGCUGCAGCAGUGGCUUUAAUGGGGGAUGCAGGGGCAGUGCUUAUCCUCGUUAUGGUGUUCAUGGCUGUGACUUCUGCUGGGUCUGCGGAGCUUUUAGCGGUUUCCUCGCUUAUGACUUAUGAUAUUUAUCGGACGUAUAUCAACCCGAGGGCGACCGGACGGCAGAUUUUGUUUUACUCGCGGGUUUUCGUGCUGACGUACGGGCUGUUUAUGGGUGUACUGGCGGUAGGGCUUAGCGAGUUGCGGGUUUCUCUAGGCUGGAUGUACCUUGUAAUGGGCGUGCUUAUAGGCAGCGCGGUUAUACCUGUAACGAACCUGCUUCUAUGGAAGAAGGCGAACGCAGUGGGGGCGAUAGCUGGGUGCAUUAUAGGCAUGAUUUCGGGUGUAGUGUCGUGGAUUACUGUAGCAGCAGUCAUGUACGGGAAUGUGGAUCUGAUUAGUACGGGGGAAGAGGCGCCGACGCUGACUGGCAACCUGGUGUCGCUCUUUGUCGGCGGCAUCGUGCAUGUGGCUUUCAGCCUCAAGUAUCCAGACGAUUAUGACUAUGCGAGCACCAGAGCCAUCACGCUGGUGGACAGAGACUGGCAUUCCGACAUCCCCCAUUGGGAGCACGACGAGACUCGUCUCAAGCAGGCUCGCCACUGGAUAAUCCUUUGGGGGGUCUGCCUCUCCGUCGUUCUCCUAGCCCUCUGGCCGCUGCUUGCGCUCCCUGCGGGGGUAUUUUCCCUGGGGUAUUUCACUUUCUGGGUCGUGAUUGCGAUCACGUGGGGCGUGGUUGCGUCCGCGGUGAUUAUUUUCCUGCCCGUUUACGAGAAUUGGCGCGGGUUAUGGCUGGUUCUAGACGGGUUAUUUACGAGCGAUAUCCUGCAGGAGAAGGUUGAUGAUAUAGGGCUGAGAUUGGCUGCGAUCAUGGCUACCAUACCUGAGGCGGAGGCUCGGUAUCUACAGUACAAGCGGGAGAUCUACGAGCUUCGGCAUAGAAGCUCGGGAUCCAGAGCGCGCCCGCCUUUCACUAAGAACCCUGCGUGUCGGCACCUGCGCCGCGGGUGUGCCUUCUCCCUGCUGCGCCAGCUGCCUCUCGUGCACCUGCCGCCCAGAGAGCUGCAGCUGCCGCCCAGAGAGCUACAGCUGCCGCCCAGAGAGCUACAGCUGCCGCCCAGAGAGCUACAGCUGCCGCCCAGAGAGAUGCAGCUGCCGCCCAAAGAGAUGCAGCUGCCGGCCCGGAAGCUGCAACUGCCACCCAAAGAAUUGGGGAGGGAAGGGGGCGGCAGCGGGGUGGGCGUGGAAGGAGUGGCGGUGGAUCCGGAUUUGAAGCUCAUUGCGAUUGUCUUCCCACAGGUGAUGUGCGGUCUGGUGGGGGGUUCAGAGCAUGAGUGCGUUCCUCGCCGUCACUGCAAGGGAUUGAACAAGCAAAGCCACAUCACCAACUCUCCUCUCCCGUUGCCGGGCUCCGUUUGUUCCCCUCCAAUCUUCCAUUUGCCACUGUUCCUUCCCCAGUUCCACGCGUGCAGGGAGAAUGAUGAGUUCUGGGGAGUCAAUUUCACCGAGUGGGACAAUGUCAAGAGAGCAUACUUCCACCCCACCACCUUCCGCCCUGUCGCCCACCCCAUCGGCCCCUCAACUCCUCCCAAACCUCCCCAUACCGCUCUACACUCCCACUCUUCCCCCAUCCCGAAUGCACUUCCGAUCUCCCACCCCCUCUCGCACCUGUCCGGUGGAUACUAUAACUUCCUCUCUCGCUCCCACCGCCGCCGAACCUCAGCUCUGGCCCGAGCCUACGGGUUCCAUGGCCUGUGCUACCACCACUACUGGUUCGGGUGCCGCCGAACCACCCUCGCCGAGCCUCUGCUCCGGAUGCUAGAGGACGGCGAGCCCAACCUCCCGUUUUGUCUUAUUUGGGCGAAUGAGCCGUGGACAAACCGGUGGGACGGGGCUAAAGGGGGAGGGGAAGGGGGGGAAGGAGGGAAUGGUGUGUUGCUGGAACAGACAUAUGGGGAUGAGGAGUGCUGGAAGGAGCAUUUCAACUGGCUACUGAAAUUCUUCAACCAUCCAAACUACAUCAAGGUAUCAGGCCGGCCUAUGUUCGGCAUUUACCAACUCGGCGACAUUCCCGAACCUGAGGCUCGGGGGAUGUUUGACCUCUGGCACGGCCUGGCUCGGCAGCAAGGCUUCCCGGGCCUGCAUUUGUUUCAGUGCCUCAUCCACACCAACAGUACACCGAACCAGCACUCCCUUGUGCAAGCCGUGGCGGAAUACGAGCCUAACUACCGCAAGUUUAGGUUCGGCGAGACCCCAUCAGUAGUUCGGCUUCAUCCGAACCACUACCGAGCCUCGUACGUGGCCUGGGAUAACUUCCCCAGGCACUCGACGGACCUGUCAUGGAGGCUCGGGGAUGUGGCAGAGGACCCGAUCCACUUGACAGCAAGAAUGGAGGCUCGGAUGAGGCUGGCUCGGCAAGAUGUGGCUGAGGAUCGGGCAAGGUUCGGCAGCCCAAACGGUUCGAGGGCUCGAGAAUCUAGCCUAGGUCAAGUCCAGAAACGUUCGGAGAAAGUGCAAAGAGGUUUGGACCAAGGUGGAGUUGAGAAUGAGUCAGAGGAGGUGCAAGAGGGGGUUGUUAAUGGGACAGUGCAAGAAGGGGUUGCGAACGGGACGUUCUUCUUUGUUGCGGCUUGGAACGAGUGGGGUGAAGGCAACGCACUCGAGCCGAACCAAAUCUUUGGGUUCGGAAACCUCAAUGCUGUCGCCCGAGCCUAUGCCCGCAGCAGGCGUCCAGCCACCGAGCCUCAGCUCGUGCUUCGGAGAUUAGCCGAAGCUGCAGUAGCGUGCGAGCUUUGUCUGGAUGUGAGAUACUAUGUGGAUAUGGAUGGUGAGCUGUAUGAGGGGAUGGAAGGACGUGUGAGACGGGAGGGAGGACGCAUAGUGAAGCACUUUAUAGAGAAGGGGUUUCUGGGAGGGAAGCAAUUCAGGCUGAGGCGAAGGCAUCAGGGGGAAAGGGAGUGGGGAGGGCAGGGGGGAGGGCAAGGAGGAGACCAGGGGGAAGGGCAGGGGGAAGGGCAGGGGGAAGGGCAGGGGGAAGGGCAGGGGGAAGGGCAGGGGGAAGGGCAGGGGGAAGGGCAGGGGGAAGGGCAGGGGAAGGUGAAUAGAGGACGGGAAGGAGAAGAGGAUGGUGAGGAGGGAGAUGGGAAGGGGGAAUGGGAAAGCGAAGCAGCUCAAUUGGAAGGAUACCAUGAGCUCAAUUGCUUCACGAGGGGCUUUAAGAACAUGACAGGUGGUGCUGCUGCUGCUGCUGCUGCUGAUGCUGCUGAUGCUGCUGCUGCUGGCAGGGAGGGCUCAAGAUUGAGAGGGGGCGCUGACUGCAAGUGGUUGAAGCUGCCUCUAGACUUUGUAACAGUUGCCUAUCUUGUAGAGGAAGAGCUUAUUUAA